AUGGUGGACAAGGCAUGGGUUCACCUAUGCAGAGCGGAUCCUGCAUAUGAGAUUGGUGCUAGGAAUUCUGUGAACUCAGUUGCCUCUGCCUUAGGAGAUUGUGAUUUGGUUAUAUGGACGUGCAUUGAUUGUCGAAACGUAGACCAUCAUUCUAAAAAUGAUGUAAUGGAUAACCUGGUCACAAGAGGAAUGGAUGAGACUUACAAGCUAAGGGCUGAUUGGUAUCAUCACGGGGAAGUAAACUGUGGGUCUGAAGAAGUUGGAAAGCUGAAGACUCAGAAUGGGUGGCCGGACAAGAGCUUCAUCGAGCUGUUAGAGACACUGCCGAGUAUGUUGCCGGAGGAAAAUGUCUUUCACACCUCGUUGUAUGACGUGAAGAAGUUCCUGAAGUCUUUCCAUAUGGACUACGAGAAGAUCCAUGCCUGUAUAAAUGAUUGUUGUCUUUUCAGAAAGAAGUUGAAGAAGUUAGACAACUGUCUCAAGUGCAAGACACCAAGAUGGAAGACAAACUUGCAAACCAGUGAACUUAAAAAAGGCGUCCCUCAGAAAGUUUUGAGGUACUUUCCCAUCAUUCUGAAGCUGAAGAGGAUGUUUAGGUCAGAGCAAACUGCUAAAGAGCUACGGUGGCAUUUUACUAACAAAAGUAAUGAUGGAAAGCUGUGUCAUCCCGUGGACUCCGUAACAUGGGACCAGAUGAAUUCCAAGUAUUCGUUGUUUGCUGCGAAAUCAAGGAACAUUCGGCUAGGUCUAUCUACCGAUGGUUUCAAUCCAUUCAGCAUGAAAAAUACAAGGUAUUCUUGUAGGCCUGUAUUGUUAGUGAAUUAUAAUAUGGCUCCAGACUUGUGUAUGAUGAAGGAGAAUAUAAUGCUUUCUUUGUUGAUUCUUGGACCGUGUCAACCUGGCAACAGUAUAGAUAUGUACCUGGAGCCACUGAUCGAUGAUCUACAACACUUGUGGGACAUUGGAGAGCACACGUCUGAUGCAUUCAGUAAAACCACAUUCACAAUGAAGGCAAUGCUAUUGUGGACUAUUAGUGAUCUACCAGCAUAUGGAAAUCUGGCUGGCUGCAGAGUAAAAGGUAAGAUGGGAUGUCCAUUAUGUGGAAAGCAUACUGAUAGUUUAUGGUUACCUAAUAGCAGGAAGCAUGUUUACAUGUGUCAUAGAAAGGGAUUAUCACGCACACAUAGUUACCAUGGGAAGAAGGCAUGGUUCGAUGGAAAAGUGGAAUAUGGAAGGAAGAGUAGGAUUCACACGGGUCACAACAUAUCUGUGUUGCUGAAGAAUUACAAAACGAAUUUGGAAAUUGAAGACGAAGAAUCAGAAUCAGAGGAGGAGGAGGAAGUAGAUGAAGAAGAAUUAUCUAGAUGGAAGAAACGAUCUACCGUUUUCAAUCUUCCGUAUUGGGAGCGAGCAUUAUUUCCACCUUGCUGCAUUGUGGAAAUUCAAAAGAUGGUCUUAAUGCUCUUAAAGAUCUACAAGUCCUUGGUAUUAGGAAAGAGUUGUAUCCUAAAGCCAGAGGCAAAUGAACGUACUUACCUGCAGUACCGUGGUCUUUGUCGAAGGAAGAGAAGAGACUAUUCUGUAAGCGUCUACAUGAAUUCAAAGGACCGGAUGGUUAUUGCUCAAAUAUAUCCAGUUGCACUUAAAGGUCUAUUACUGAAAGGGCCUAGAAUAGCCAUCACACGAUUAUGUGCAUUCUUCAAUAAUAUAUGUCAACGUGUUGUUGAUAGGGAGAAAAUAUCAGAAAUGGAAAACAAAAUUGUUGAGACUAUCUGUAUGUUUGAGAGAUUUUUCCCACCUAGUUUCUUUGAUAUAAUGGUUCACCUGUGUGUACAUCUUGGGAGGGAAGCUAGAUUAGGUGGAGCUGUGCACUUCCGAUGGAUGUAUCCUUUCGAGAGACACAUGAAACUGUUGAAAGACUUCGUGAGAAAUCCUGCAAGACCGGAAGGAUGUAUUGCUGAAUUGUAUCUCGCAGAGGAAUGUAUGCAGUUCUGCAGAGAUUUCUUGAGGAAGACCACAAGUGUUGAAGAUAAACAAGAUCAAAAUACUGAAUACGAAAGCACCUCUAAACUCGAAGGGCGUCCUAUUUCUGCUAGGAGAUCUAUCACACUUACUGAAAUGGACAAGAAAACAGCACACCUAGCUGUCAUUCAGAAUACCACAUUGGUAGAUCCUUAUGUAGACUUGCAUCUGCAAUACCUGCAAGACACCAACCCACGGUGUAGACAAGAUGCUACUUUCCUAUGGAGUACUCACACUAAAAACUUUGCAGAGUGGCUUAAAAAACGUAUACCACUUGACUCUACAGAACAUGAUGAAACACUUAAGUGGCUUUCAUAUGGUCCACGUAAUAUAGCCAGAUCAUACACUGGUUACAUUUUCAAUGGUCUGCGGUUUCACACAACAUCAGUUCAGAGACAAACGCAAAAUACUGGAGUAUAUUAUGAAGCAACUGCAAUGUGUCGAGCCAGUGCAAGGGACACUUCUCAAAUCGUAGAUUUGGUUUCAUAUUAUGGCAGAGUAGUGGACAUUAUCUUAUUAGACUACAACGUAUUCUACAUACCUCUAUUCCGGUGUCAAUGGGCAGUCAGAGGCAACGGUGUGAAGGUGGACAAAGGUUUUACUUUGGUCAACUUGAACCAAAGUCAAGUCUCUUUCGCAAGGGAUCCAUUCAUCUUGGCAUCUCAAGCUAAGCAAAUGUUCUAUUCGAGGCAGGACGAGUCUUCAAAUUGGUAUGUGGUUAUGAGAGGCCCUUCAAGGAGAUACACUGAGGCAGACAGUGAUGAGGCAGAUGCUGGGCCAUUAUCAUCAGUUGUUGAGAUGAAUCUAGAAGAUGUUAACGCUGAAGACCAAACUGCAAGGGUUGACUGUGAAGGAAUAUACAUUUAG